CUCAUUCGUAGAGCUUGACAGUUGCUCAUAAGAAAACAGCUACAAAAUUAUCAAAAAGUGUAAACGUUAAAAUACUAAAAAAAAAAACGUUAAAAUUCAAAAAUGAUGGGUGAUGUCUUUGGAACCAGCCUGGGCAAACAAAAGAGCACAGAUCCAUCGAUAGCCCCGCUUGAGCUCGAUAAUGAUGAAUACGAAGGGGAAACGUUGUUACAAAAAUCAAAGUCGCAACAUCCAGUACAACCCUCUUGGGUGGCGUGGUGCGAUCGGAACUCGAAGCCGGUAAAGCGUGCUAGGCCUCGGGUGAUCCGCAAGUUGACCAGGUGGCAGAAGGAAGGACCGAUGACCAAGAAGGACUGGAAGCAUUUCUACUCCUGGGCCGCCUUUCGGUCCAUGCCAAGGAAACCAGAACCGCCGAAAUACGAGAAACUUCCUUGUGUGGCCAAAUACCUGCCGUGCGCCCGAAGGAAGCGCCACUUGGAUGAGGAUGAGCGGCUGGAGAGGAUGCUGAUGCUGGCGAAACCCCGAAAGAUCACGGAGAAGUAUACUGCAUAUGUCAACCCGCCGGCCUACUCCCCGGUGAUCUCUUGGGGCAAGCCACCGCAUCAGGAUCCCGGCAGACCCUUUGAGCCGCCCCACGUGCCCGCCUGUUUCCCCACCGACGAGCUCGAGGCCCAGUUCUGGGCCCAGCUAAGGUUCCCCGUCCGGCAGGCAGCCCUCUUGGGCAAGGUUACGCCCCGCAUCUUGAAUCUGGCCAAACCGCGCCCGUAUCCACCAACUCCGCACUGUCCCAUUCCCCCACGGAUUAGGGAUCCAUUGGAUGUGCCGCCGCCACCGCGCAAGAAGUUCACCAGCAGGGGCUGGCGAAUGCACCAGAUCCGAUUGAUAUACCUCUCCAAGCCUAUUUCCAGAAAGGAGCUGGAUUACCUCUUUUAUAGCAUUUAACACUCUCUUAUAGUGCUAUUUGUCCAGUUCGAAAUUUACCCAUUAAAAUAUUUUUUAAACUUGA